GGAGACACAGAAAGAGAGAGAGACUGUUCAUCAUGGACCUCUUACCUGAGCUUCUCAUCCUGUCGUCGUUAUUAUGUUCAGUGUGUGCGCAGGCGCCUGUAGUCUCCGUGGAGCCCCGGACAGCGACUGUACGCCAAGGGGAGUCGGCCAGCUUCAGGUGCCAACUGGGGGGCGGUGCACAGCCGGUCCAGCUGGAGUGGAGACGAGCCAAUAACCAAGCGUUACAAGAAAAUGUGAAGGUGGGUCCUGGAGGCUCUGUGCUGACCGUCGCUAACUCUCGACCCGCAAACCAGGGACAGUUCCGCUGUGUGGCGAGCAACUCUGCAGGCCGAGGCACGGCGACCGCUGUCCUCAACGUCAAAUAUGCUCCUAAGGUGCGGUUGACACCAGCAGGGCCCCUGAGGGUCAGGAUGGGGGACGCCGUGUCGGUGGAGUGUCGGGCUUCAGGCAGGCCACGCCCAAAAAUGAGCUGGAAACGCCAGGGCUCCACCCUGCAGCUGGUUACCAAGGAGACGAACGAUGUCAACACAAUACAGUGGGCCGCGGUGCACCCGGAGGACUCGGGGGUUUAUAUCUGCCAGGCUUCAAACUCUGAGGGGGUGACCGAGGUCAAAGUUGAUGUGAUUGUUGAGGGGGGGCUGGGAGCCCCGGUGGCCUCAGUGAGCGCUUCAGAGAUGACCGUGGUGGAGGGAAACAUGGUGACGAUGACGUGUGUCGCCAGUGGUUCCCCUACACCUGUCAUCACUUGGUCCAAGCUCAGAGCACCGUUGCCAUGGAAACACACGAUGGUGGAUGGAGUUUUAACGCUGAGCAGAGUGGGGCGCCAGGAUUCAGGACAAUACAUCUGUAAUGCCACCAACCUCCACGGUUACAGUGAGGCGUACACACAGAUGGAGGUGGAGAGCCCUCCGUACGCCACAUGUCUACCUGAGCAGGUGAGGCUCCGUCCAGGUGAUGCUCUGAGCGUGCAGUGCCUUGCUCAUGGCUCUCACCCCAUUGGCUUUAAGUGGACCCGGGUGGGCCAGACCAGCCUGCCUGCAGGUGCAGAGAGCACCAGGGAUGGAAAGCUGCUAAUAGCUCGUGUUAAACUGAGCGAUGGGGGCACGUUCAAAUGUGUGGCAUCUAACCACGUGGGCUCCAGCGAGGCGUUGGCUGAAGUCGUCAUUAAACCUUGAGACGUUGUGGUCACUCUUCAUCGUUUCAUCUGCUCGCCUCGACUGUAGCCAUGACGACAGCCAAAGAGUUCAUACUGAGAAAAUUACCUUUAAUCAUUUCAUGUUUUAAUCGUGUUGAAGGAAAGCUUGUCAACACUUUCUUAUUUCUGUCCCCAUAGGUUACUUUUGUUCUUUCAUAGAAACUCUGAUUUAAUGUCUCCUUUCUGUCUUUGGAAACUUUUCUCUGGAUCGCCGGACAACAGGCUGAAGGGCCUUUCUUCCUUUUUUCCAUUUUGAUUUUUAUUGUUUCCUGAAACAUCAAAGACAGACUUUGUCAAACAAUUGUCAAACUGUCACUUAUUUGUUCAUAAUCAUGGAAAAAGGAGAUAGUAGAAAAACAAUAAAUAAUCAGAAACAUAAA